AGCCAGGGCUGGGGGCUGGAGGCGCUUCUUCUUCCUCAGCCUGUCUGGGCAUGGUGCCAGGGCUGGGGCCGGGAGGCAUGCUAGGACAUUCCUCAGCGUUCGGAAGCAGAUAAGGCGGCCUCGGCUGUGGGGAAAGCGGACGAGGCACAACACGCAGUGGCUCAGUGGUGACAGUGCAGUACUGCAGGCUACUUCUACUGCCUGCCGGCUGCCUGCCUGCAAUUAGGCAGAUCGAAUCUCACCAGGUUCAAGGUUGGACUCAGCCUUCUAUCCUUCUGAGGUGGAUAAAAUGAGGACCCAGAUUGUUGGGGGCCAUGGCUGACUCUGUAAACCGCUUACAGAGGGCUGAAAAAGCACUGUAAAACGGUAUACAAGUCUAAAUGCUAUUGCUAUUGUCUUCUUCGAAGAGCCUCAAGGAACCUCUCUCUAACAAGUAGGUUUGCUGAAAAUUUAGCCCUAACUUUGCUGUCUUUCUCUUAUGUUCCGACUAGGCGAUGGAGGGAUUUCAGGCCCCCUGGCUUCACUGCAACAGGGCAAGCCCCUUCCCACAACAGGGGGCGGGUCCAAGUCUGGAGGAGAACUAGGAAGCAGCUCACAAGACUUCCUGCUUCCCCCACCGCUGACCUCCCUCCAGCCGCCACCCAUCUUCAACCCGACAGCUUCGCCCAGCACCCCAACCGGAGUCAUCUACAGCUUGUCCGGUUCUCCGGCUGGCCCCACACUCUCCAGGCUCUUUCAGACCCUUCCUGGUUCCUUUCCGGAUAUCUACGACGGAGACAUGAAAAAAUGGGAAGAGCAUUUCCACAGCAUCCAAAGGGCCUACAAGGAAUUUGGGAAAGAAGAUGAUUUUGCCAUCCGGGUCCUCACCGAAGACUUUACGCUGCCUUUCCCUUUCGCCUGGCCGGGCGAGAACGAAGGGUCCCGCCAGUUGGCCUACGACCCUGCCGAUUGCUCCGGCUUUGAUUUCUUCUUACAUCCGGGACAGCCCAUCCCUCGCCUUCUCCAACCACUGCACGCCACCACGCAGGCUUUCUUCAAGAAGAGACGGUUGGAGCAGCUGGCGCUCAGCUACGCCAGCAAAGCCUCCCUCCCGGGCGCGGCAGGGCUACCGACCCCACAAGAAACCAGCUCCCCGUUGCGGCCAGAUAUCAUGGUGAUCACCAGUGUGCCGUGCAUGGCCGCACCUGCCGAGCCACCUUUUCUCCUGCAGGACAACAAAAGCCACCAGACCAUUCAACCUGCCCCCAUCGGUCUCCCCAAUUCAACUUCAAUGCAGCCAAUCAGCCUUCAGUUUAUGAACCCUACACAGCACGGAGCAUUUUAGCCUUCCCAACGUUCCGUAUAUCAUACUUAUUAACAAGUGGUGUUUUUUUUUAAAUUUUGUACAACAGAGAAUGAUAAGAGGGGUUUUUUUUUGGAGAAAUAUCCUCCAUAAUUGUUGGGGUACCAAGUUCAACUCUGGGUUUUUGGGUUUUGUUUUGUUUUUUGGAAAGUUUAAAAGCUUACGAGUUUAAUAUCACCCGGCCAUUGUACUUACCGAAUGUUUCAGCAAAGGGAACAAACCUUAAACUUGCAAUCUAUAUCCCAGUAUUUGGAAUAAUAAUAAUAAUAAUAAAAAUAUGACUGCCUUCUAUGCUGUGGAGCUUUUGGGAUGAGAAUUUUAAGGCAACCAAAGUGGGUCACCUUCGGAGUGGUGCGGUGGC